AUGGCCUCCCGCUUGGCGCGCAGCGCUGUCGGCGCUCCCCUUCUCCGACCUACCCUCGCCCGCCGCGCCGUGCCCGCCAUCUCCGCGGCCGUCCGCAACGCGAGCAAUGUCCCCGCCGAGGAGCCCAAGAAGAAGGCCCAGAGCAUCAUCGACGCCCUCCCCGGCAGCAGCCUCCUGUCCAAGACGGCCAUCCUCAGCAGCGCCGCCGGUCUCUCCGUCUACGCCAUCAGCAACGAGUACUACGUCAUGAACGAGGAGACGGUCGUCGCCUUCUGCCUGCUCGCCGUCUGGGGCGGCAUCAUCAAGUACGGCGGCCCCGCCUACAAGGAGUGGGCCGAGAGCCAGAACGAGAAGAUCAAGAACAUCCUCAACAGCGCCCGCGCCGACCACACCGAGGCCGUCAAGACCCGCAUCGAGGACGUCAAGCAGAUGGGCGGCGUGAUUGACAUCACCAAGACCCUCUUCGAGGUUUCCAAGGAAACCGCCAAGCUCGAGGCCCAGGCCUUUGAGCUCGAGCAGCAGACCGCCCUGGCUGCCGAGGCCAAGACCGUCCUCGACUCGUGGGUGCGCUACGAGGGCCAGGUCAAGCAGCGCCAGCAGCAGGAGCUGGCCGCCUCCAUCAUCGCCAAGGUCCAGAAGGAGCUCGAGAACCCCAAGGUCCUGCAGCAGAUUCUGCAGCAGAGCGUGGCCGACGUCGAGAAGAUUGUCUCGUCCAAGGCCCAAUAG